CCCGGCUCUGCCUCUUUCCCAGGUCACUGGAGGGUCAGAGCCAGCCCACGCAGCAUGGCCGCUUCCAUCAAGACAACGCCGUGAGGGUCGCUUUGCUGGUUUAGAUAACGGGAACCUGCCGACCGAGACAGAGACCGGGACAGAGGGAGAGAGACCGGGACAGAGAGACACAGAGACACAGAGACAGAGGAGGCAGCGUCCUUGGAUCGUCAACGCGUUUAACACGCACGCAGCGCGCAGACAUGGCUUUGACGAGGCUGAAUAGGAUCGUACAGCUCAGCCACACGGUGAGCCUGACACGCCCCCUCCACGGCAGUGGGUGUGGCCUGCAGCUGGGAGCCGCCACUCAAACAGAAGCACCAAUGGAGAGCCCCCGGGCGGUGUUUAGAACUUCAGAAUCGGAACCUGCCAGUCACGGGGAGCAGCACAUUGGCCAGUUCUACACCAUUCCACCCAGUCAGGUGAAAACCAUCUUCCCACAUGGACUGCCUUACCGAUUCCAGCAGCAGAUCAAGACGUUCAACGAGGCUUGUCUGAUGGUGCGGAAGCCGGCGCUGGAGCUGAUUGGCUACCUGAAGAAGGCAGACCCCACCCACCCCAGCGUGCGCUACGUGCUCUACGGGGAGAGGGGCACAGGGAAGUCUCUGUCUCUGUGUCAAGCGCUUCAUCACUGCAGCCUGCAGGACUGGCUCAUCCUGCACGUCCCUGACGCUCACCUGUGGGUGAAGAACUGCAAGGAGCUGAUGGCCUCCUCCUAUCACAGGGCUCGCUUUGACCAGCCAAUCGAGGCGUCCGUGUGGCUCAAGAACUUCCGGGUCACCAACGAGCGCUUCCUGAAGCAGAUCAAGACAAGUCAAAAGUACGUCUGGAGCAAAAGGGAGUUCACUGACGAGGGCCGGCCACUAGGGGAGAUAGUGGACCAGGGAGUGACCCGAGUGAAGAAUGCCAGUGAUGCGGUGGGGGUGGUUCUGAAGGAGCUGAAGGCCCAGGCCCGGCCCGGUUCCUAUCGCUUGGUGGUCGGUGUGGACGGGGUCAACGCUCUGUGGGGACGGACCACCCUGCGCAAGGAGGACAGGAGUCUGAUUGACCCCAGUGAGCUCACCCUCGUUCACAACCUGAGGAAGAUGAUGAAGAACGACUGGUGUGGCGGAGCGGUGAUCGCCACGGUAACGCAGACCGGCUCCGUCUUCACGCCUAGCUCCGCCUACCUGCCCCAGGAGCUGCUGGGAAAGGAGGGUUUUGACUUUCUGGACCCCUUCCUGCCUGUCCUGGUACCAGCCUACAGUGAGAAGGAGUUUGAGAGCUCCUACCAGUACUACAGAGACCGGCGCUGGAUCCAACAUCACACAGGACACACCGAGGAGGGCAAGAAGGAGCUUCUCUUUCUGAGCAACAGGAACCCAGCUGCCCUGGAGAGGCUCUGCGCUUUCCUCUGAGGCUCCGGCACGGGGCCGAUGGCGUCCGCCAGCGUGCAGUAUCAGAAGAGUUCCUCUGCUCUGUAAAGAUGCGCUGCUGCCGUCACGGCUUACAGAUGCGAUUCGAACUCCUUUAAACCCAGCCCCGCAGGUCCUUCGAAGAGAUCGGAGUUCGUGUUUCAGAGGCAUUAAUAGUGGGGGAGGUUCAGCUGCUUUCAUUUCGUUUGAAACCCGGUUUUAAGUGAAGCACAAACAGCGCCUUCAAUGGAAGAGGUUUGUUUGGGUUUUAACACGAUGCUGCGGAGACGUGUUGGGAUCGAGUAAAAGGGAAUGGGAAUUAUUAUUAAUAUUAUUAUUAUUAUUGUCAUUAUUUUGAAAUGAUGAAAAGAUCCAGUAAUAAAGAAUACUCAACAAAAUGAAA